AUGGCCGACGCAAUCACAGAGCAAACUGCUAAGCUCCAGUUGGAUGAGGAGACUGGCGAAAUGGUUUCAAAGGGAGAACUCAAAAAGCGAAUAGCAAAGCGGGCAAAGAAAGCAGCUCAAGCCAAAGCAAAGUCAGAUGCACCAGCAAAGGCCCCAGUUACACCUAAGCCCAUAGCAAAGCCCGAAGAGAAGAUCUCAGAACCGACCGCCAUGUUCACCCAAGGCUUUCUCGAUGAAGUCUACAAAGAGCGGCCUGUAAAGCCUGUAGUCACACGAUUCCCGCCAGAACCAAAUGGCUAUCUGCACAUUGGACACGCCAAAGCAAUCGCUGUCAAUUUUGGGUUCGCGAAAUUCCACGGAGGAAAAUGCUAUCUACGGUUUGACGAUACGAAUCCAGAAGCAGAAGAGGAGAAAUACUUCGUGGCGAUCAAAGAAAUGGUGAAAUGGCUAGGAUUUGAGCCUUGUGCCGUUACUUACUCUAGCGACAAUUUCGACAAAUUGUACGCCAAGGCAGAGAAACUUAUCAACCGCGGAUUGGCCUAUGUUUGCCAUUGUGGAGAUGCUGAGAUCAAGGCUCAAAGAGGAGGUGAGGCACAUGGACCUCGAUUCAGAUGCAAGCAUGCCGAUCAAACCGUUGAGCAGAACAUCGAAGAGUUCCGGGCCAUGCGAGAUGGUGAAUACAAACCUAGAGAGGCCUUCUUACGUAUGAAGCAAAAUAUUGAAGACGGAAACCCUCAAAUGUGGGACUUAGCCGCGUACAGAGUCCUAGACGCUAAGCAUCACCGAACUGGGGAUACCUGGAAGAUCUAUCCUACCUACGACUUCACACAUUGCUUAUGCGAUAGUUUCGAAGGCAUCACCCAUUCGUUGUGCACUACCGAAUUCAUCCUCUCUCGGGUUUCAUACGAAUGGCUGAACCAGAGUUUAGAGGUGUACGAGCCUAUGCAGAGAGAAUAUGGACGCCUCAACCUCACUGGCACGGUUCUUUCAAAACGAAAGAUCCUGAGGCUCGUUACUGAGAAGUACGUACGAGGUUGGGAUGAUCCGAGACUUUACACCCUUAUUGGAAUCAAGAGACGUGGUGUUCCACCUGGUGCAAUUCUCGAAUUUGUCAACGAACUCGGAGUUACGACUUCCGCGACCAACAUCCAAAUUGUAAAGUUUGAGCAAACAGUUCGACGAUAUCUAGAGCGCACCGUUCCUCGACUGUCGCUGGUCCUUGAUCCAAUUCCAGUAGUCAUAGAAGAUGCUGAAGAGAUUGAAGUCGAUGUACCCUUUUCCCCCAAGAUUCCCGCUAUGGGCAGCCACAAAGUCAAGUUGACGAAGACAGUCUAUAUUGAGAGAAGCGAUUUCAGAGAAGUUGAUAGCAAAGACUACUUUCGUCUAGCACCAGGGAAAUCUGUUGGCCUACUUCAAGCACCAUAUCCAAUCAAGGCAACCUCAUUUACAAAAGAUGGCGACAAGGUCACGGAAGUCCGUGCCAUCUACGAUAGAGACGGAAAGAAGCCGAAAACAUUCAUUCAUUGGGUUGCAGAGGGAUCAAGAGAAGUCGAAGUACGGAUUCACAAUGCGCUUUUCAAAUCAGAAAAGCCAGAAGAUGCCGAAGGGGGUUUCUUGAACGACAUCAAUCCCAACAGCGAAGAAAUCUGGCCUCAUGCUGUGAUCGAAUCAGGUUUCGACGAAAUCAAGCGCCGUGCUCCAUGGCCCGAAGCGGCUGGAGAGUCAGAAUUGGGGAAGGGAGGUCUAGAAUCUGUUAGAUUUCAAGCAAUGCGGGUAGCAUAUAUGGCAAUGGAUUCGGAUAGUACAGACGAUAAAGUUGUCCUAAACCGGAUUGUUAGUCUGAAAGAAGAUGCCGGAAAAUAG